AUGUUAGAAAACAUCAAAUUUCCAACAUUGUUAAAAACAAUUGAAGACAACUGUUUCGCUCGUUGUGGUUCACUGAAGUCAGUCAAUAUUUUUAAUAUUGAAAAUUCUAUUGGAGAUGGCGUGUUUAUGGAGUGUUCAAGUUUGACAUCAAUAUUUAUUGGAGGGUCCGCUACUAAAUUUGGUAAAAAUACAUUCAAAGACUACACUUCACUUAUUGAUGUUAAAAUACCAUUUCUUGUUAAACAAAUCGGACUCUAUCUUUGUUCAGGAUGUACCAAUUUGCCAUAUUUUGAACUUCCAGAUCAAUUGGAAGAAAUUCCAGAUUAUACCUUUUAUCAAUGCAGUAAUUUAGAAACUGUUAAUGUACCAUGUAAUAUAACUAAAAUUGGAUUUAUGGCGUUUUUGAGGUGUGAAUUAUUGAAAAAAAUAAAGUCCCAGCAACUUCCAAAUCGAUUAGUGCCUCUUGUUUUAUGGGAUGCAAUUUAUUAA